CAGCCUUAUCAUCACCAAGUCGUACGAGGCGGUAGCGUCAUUGUGAGCAACGAACGUCGACAUUGCACCGAUAUGCGUGAUCGUUUCUCGAUGCGUCGUCAUGUUGCUGAGAAGUAUUACGAUUGUCUGCAAUGCGCCGAACAGUGUCGUCACGUAGACAACAGUCACUGCCCCAGCGGCAGUGGGAACAACAACAAUAAUUACAGUAACAACAAUAACGGCAAGAACGACGGUGAGGCCGUCGCCGUUAAUCAUCGGAUUCGCGGUAAUUAUCAUCUACCAGCCUCGAGUGCGGAGUUGUAUCUCGACGAGGAGGCAUCGAUGUCUCCCGACGAACUCAGGAGAGUUCGGAGCACGAGAGGCAGUCUGAGCAAAUCUUUGGCGAGGCAUCAGUCAGCGCACCUGACGCCAGCCAAGAAGAGAUCCUCCUUGGCACGACCGGUUCGCGUUCACGACUCCUUUGUGCAGCCGAGACGACCGAUGGCCGAGGAGGACGGUUAUCAGGAGUCGCAACGCGAUCAGCAGACGUGCAAGAACCCAUGGUGGUGGGAGCGCCGGGAUCAGCAGGAGCCUAACACGUCGAGCUACAGCUAUCAUCGCGACACCGAGGACGGUAACGCCGGUUGGCCUAUUCGCCUGCGGCUCGAGCAGAUGCUAGAGCUGACGUUGCCGCAGACCAAGCGGAAGAAGAAGAAGAAGAAAAAAACGGCGACGGCGACGAUGAUGCUGAUGAAACAGCAGCAGCGCGGCAGGCACGGCUUCAAGGAUACUGAGAAGCUCCUCAAGGUACUCAGCAUUAACAAUGUGGACCAAGAUAAUAGGUACAACGUCAAACGAUGUUCCGUCAUGUAGAGAUUAGCGUAAAAUGAAAGAAAAAGAAAAAUGAAAAGAAAGAAACCAAAAAAAAAAGCGUGUAACAAACUUCUUAAGGAAACACCGUAGGACUCUGAUACGCUCGUAUCUGGAAUCCUGCUUUCGGGCGUUACUCGCGGCCGGGUAG